UUCCUGAACGAGCUGAAUGUUUUGACCCAUUGUUGAAAUCUCUGAAAGUGUGAUUGAGUUUUUACGUGCCGAAAAACGUACGGAAAGGAGCAGUCACUAGUGUGAAUGCUUAGUAAUCAUUCACACAAAUAUGAAUGGAAUUAGAACGUUACAUUACAUAGAUGCAGUUAACAAACAUUUUACAUGUUUUUAAAGUCCACAAACACAAGCAGCUGCUCCUGUUUCUUUGACAAGAGAUGCGCUGAGUGACUCCACCAGUCAGACAGCUGCAUAGUUCUGCUGAUCACAUUCAAACUCUGGCUGAGACCUUGUCCAAAGCGCAUGACCCGACCCACUCCUGUCUGUCAGGAUAUGCUAACCAGGGAAAAUGCAAAACCCCUCAGAGCAUCUGAUUGGUGCCUCAGACUGACUUUCCCUUUGAUUAAAUGAAAAUGAUUAAAAAAAUAAUAAAAACAAUUUGAAUUUGCAAAUAGAAAAUGAAAAAUAUAGUCACUCCUUUUGAUGAUAGUCUUAGAUUUUUCUCUGCGCAGGAAAGACCUCUGUACAUUUGCUCCAGUCUACAGACAAUCUGUAUAAACAUGCUGUGCUGAAGACGUUUGGCAUUAUUCAAAUUAUGUCACACUUUCUAUUUACAUGCACUGCACAGAUUAUAACCCAGAGGUCUGAAACCUGCAGCUCCACAAUUUGACCCUUCCACUGUUGCUCUCAAAUUAAAGCAAAGUAAAGGUUUAAAUUAAAAAAAUAAGUGUAAAUUUAAAAAACAAGUCACUAGUUAAGCAAAAAAAGUAAAGUUAAUUAUUUAAAACUUUACGUAUCUCAUUCACAAACAAUUGAAGGACAGUACAAAUCACAAGUCAAACUAAAAUAUUUUUGACAGAGUUUUGUGUUCCACAAAAAACCAACCAGAAUUAGAGCACUCAGUAUUGUAAGGUACAUUUCCAAUUGUUAAACUAAUUCAAUUAUUUUAAGUGUCUUUUGUGUAAAAAAAUACAAUAAGGGUCACUUAUUUAUUUAUGAAUGAAUGAAUUGAGCUUUAUUUAUAUAGCACUUUACAACUCCUUAGGGGUACUAAAGUAUUCACAAUAAAAAGAAAGACAGAAUAAAAAAACAUGAAAAAUUAGGCAAAUUAAGAACAAAAUGCAAAUGCAUAAAAUUACAAAAAAGAGUCAGCAAUAAAAUGCAUGAAAGAUAAAUAAGAGUUCAAUAAAAAAGUAAAAGAAACAAAAAUGAUUUAAUUUAGGUUUGUUAGAUGUAUACAUUUCUGUCUGAGAUGCACCAUAAACAGUAAAAUAAAACGUUUCUUUAAUCACUGCUGACGUUAGACUUUACGACUGCACUUACUGUGCGAGUCUUUUAUUUUGAAAGGAAGUCAUGGGAGCUUUUGUCAAAAGUUAUAAACUGUUUCAUAUAAAAAAAGUCUAUUUCUCUUUUUGUUUGUGCUUUAUUUGUGCCAAAAAAAAAAAAAAAAACACAAUAGUUCAUUUGUAUGAAUGAGGUUUCCGACUCCUGUUCUGACCUUUUUGAAAGUUCUGGUACAGAUUUUAUGAGGUUGUCCUGCUUGAAAAUAGUUUUUACAUUCAUCACCAAAGGUAUUUUAUCUGUUACUCCAUCUGAAUUUAACAUAAUGUUUUGCUAAGUGUAUUUUGAUUAAAUAAUUUGGGUUAUUUAGCAUCCCAGUGGGCCGACUUCUUUAGUUGAUGCAUCUGCUCCAGUGAUUCAAACAAACCAUUAAGGGAAAAGUUGAUUUUUUUUUUCUCUUGCAUAGCACACAUUUAGAUCAUAUUUGAUUUUCUUUCCCCUCUGACUUUAAUUUAUAGUCUAAAAAUGAUUGUGAUGUUAGUGUCUUUUGUCUGGCACCUUUAAAAGUCUUUUUGUUUGUUUCCCAGGUUGAGUAAAUCACACAAAGCCUUAGUGGAAAAGACAAACACGGCUUAUAAAGGGAAAUAGAUGCUCUGUACAGAUACAAUGAACUGAUUUCCCUACUCAGUGAGCAGAGGCGGAGGAACUGCAGGCUACGAGCGCACAGCAAGCAAGAGAAGGAGAGACUCAGGAAGUUAACAGGGGAAGUUUAGUGGUUUUUUGCGUCAUCAUUUUAUGCUGCUACUUGUGUGCUGAUGCAGAGUGAAGGUAGGAACGCUGAUAUUUACUCUAAAACUCCUUUGUUUUCUGGUCUUUGCUCACCUAAACUCUCCGUACGUGUGGUCGGACAGGGAGGGCCGGCUGUUUAAAGAGAGAGCGGUGGCAGGUGGCAGGAAGAUGGAGAAGAUGGGGGGGAGGCUUUCAAUGUCUGCCUGUAGGUUUGAGCUUCACUUCCGCUGUAAAAGAACAGGGCCGCAGUGACUGUGACAUGAGGGCAGGGAGGACCCACGGGCCCCUGGUUCACACUGUCAUCAGCGAGAGCUGAGAUUGGAGGCUCUGGACGCUCCCACCUCAAAGAGGCUUAAAGCCGAGGGAUCACUCGGGGGCCCGUUUCAGUGAAUAACAGAAGUGCAGAAGCAAGGGUGUGGUCUUUCAUUUGAAAAUAAAUCGGCUGCGUAAGGGGGAAGUGGAGAGCCACCUAUGCAGACUAAAGGUUGUUUAAUUUUUGGAGGGGGAUGGAUGACUAGAGGAAUAGCUGUCAGUAACUCCACCGAGAAACUUGAGUUAUUUCUGCUUUUGCAGGGUGCAAGCUAAUCUGAACCAUGCUCCACCUCCCCGGCUGUAGCAUGCAGCGCAGCUCACAGAGGAAACAGACACUGCCGUCCAGCAUGCUCUGAGGCAAAGGAAGCCAGAAAACAGCCACACCAAAAGUCUGAAAUGUGCAGCAGCUUCACACGUUUGUUCCUGAACUAACCGAGCUGCCGUCCUGCAAAGACGUUCGGACGAUCCUACUGGUCACAAGCAGGCAGAGCAGCACCGGCUGGUCUGGAUGUGAGCUGGAAGCUGCAGAGAUGCGGAGAGUUCGAAGAAGAGGAGGCAACAAAGAGAAGGUGUUUGGAUGUGAUCUGCUGGAGCAUCUGAGCACCUCCUGUCAUGAGAUUCCCCUGGUGCUGCGAUGCUGCAGUGAGUUUGUCGAGGAACAUGGAGUCGUGGAUGGAAUCUACAGGCUGUCUGGAGUGUCGUCCAACAUACAGAAGCUGAGGGGUGAGUUCGAAAGCGACGGGAGUCCGGACCUGAACAAAGAUGUGUACCUGCAGGACAUCCACUGCGUCAGCUCUUUGUGUAAGGCGUACUUCAGAGAACUGCCCAACCCGCUGCUCACCUACCAGCUGUAUGACAAGUUUGCUGAGGCGGUGGCCAUCCAGCUGGAAGAGGAGAGGCUGGUGAAGAUCAGAGACGUGCUGACAGAACUUCCAGCUCCACAUUACAGGACUCUGGAGUAUCUGAUGCGUCAUCUGGUCAGAAUGGCUUCAUUCUCCUCAGAGACCAACAUGCAUGCUCGAAACCUGGCCAUCGUCUGGGCUCCAAAUCUGCUCAGAUCCAAGGACAUUGAGGCGUCAGGGUUCAACGGCACAGCGGCCUUCAUGGAAGUCAGAGUGCAGUCCAUUGUGGUGGAGUUCAUCCUCACUCACGUCCCUCAGCUGUUUCCUGGAGAAGGUGCUUCAGGUGAAAGGAGGAAGUCCCUCCCCUCUCCGUCUGCAAUGUACGGUCAGGAUGUGUUGUUCCAGAGGGCCUCACACAUGCAGCCUGCAGUAAACUUUGGGAACAUCAGUCCAGGCGAUGGUCCUCUUCCCAUCAGACCUUAUCAUGCUAUCAUCGAAGGAACGGACAAGAGAAAAGGAUCCCUGAAAGGCAGGAAGUGGAUGUCCAUCUUUAACAUCGGAGGACGAUUCCAAGAAACACGGAAGAAACACAAGAGUUCCACCAAAGAGAAGGAGAAGGUGGUUUUAAGACCUGCCAGGAGCAUGGACUCUCUCAGCAGCCCAUCAUAUCCAAAUGAAGGUUCCAGGCGUUCUGGUCAGCGUCCUCCGUCCAACAGCAUGACUCCCAUCGUCCCUCCUUCCCCCCAGUCCGGCUCAAAGCUCGCACCAGCCGCCGGUGGGAUGGGUGGCAGUGAAUAUGCCGUGACCUACCGCAGAGGAACAGGUUUAGUGAGCGGUGGUGCCGGAACCAUGGGUACCUACACCGCUAUUGACCCAGAAGGUCUGGGUCUGCCGAGCAGUGAGGUUGUCCAGGCCAGAUCGCCGGGUCUGAGCAGUAAAGUCGGACGGAGAGCGGCCAUGCACAUCACAGGGCCCACCACUGUCACGGUGCCAUUACACAUCACCUCCAACCUGGCUUUGGGGGUUCUGCAAGCAGCAGGGAGUGACAGGCUCAUUCACCGAGGAAGAGAUAAGGACUCAGGGGAUAAAGCAGAAGGCAAGGAGGAAGGAGACAAGCUAGAAUCAAAGGAACCGAGAAGAACGAAGAGGAAAUCUGAGGAGAGCAGAGAAGCUGAGGAGGUGCAGGAGAGUAAGGGCAUGAGAUCGCAGGAUAAAGGCAGUGUUAGUGAGGAGCAGGGGUGUGGAGUCAAAAUAGGAGGAGACAAGGAGGUGACGAAUUUAACGAAGCAGGAGCCGACAAUGGCUGAUCAAGGAGCUUCCAGAAAACAACCAACUAAAAGCGUCAACUCCAACACAAGCGACUCAGUUGGACGAGAAGACCAUGAAUCUGGCAGCGAAUACAUUGACAUGAAAGGAGCGGAGGAGCUGGAGGACGGUUCUGACAAUGACGGGGUGUUUGGUGCCUCUGACGUCCUGAACUCCACAGAAGAGGAGGGCUACGACAUUGAGCUGUCUGGUUAUGUUCAAGAUAACUUUGACUUUCUGGACCACAUGGACUGUAGUGUCCUGGACCACAUGGACUCCAGCGCCGCCUAUCAGGUAAAUGAGUUCUCAGUCGAGCCUCCUGGACACUCCUAUGAUGAGUACGAGAUGAUGGAGCAAGCCCAGUCUUCCCAUCAUCCCACAGUGGCACAGGAGGCCGCCACGCCCGUUCCUGACGUGCACCCCCACAGUGGGGCAGAGUUGAAGCCACACAGACCGCUCAGCCUCGACCUGCACUCUCGACACACUAAAUCCCUCAGCCUGCCCUACAUCACCUCGCCCAUCCACGGACAGCAGGAGUCCAGCUCUGAAGAGGAGGUGUCUGCAGAGGAAGACAGUCAUGAUGAAGAUUACAGCAGUGGGGAGGAUGAGAGCAUGUUCGUUCAAAGCCUUCCUGCAGAUUUCCUUCUGUCAACUUUAUCUGGGCUUGACCUCGGCGCCAAGGAAUCCAAACUUUCCCAAUCUGACCAGAGUCAGGUACAGGAGUUACCGAGCUCUGAGGAAGAACACUGCCCGCAACUUCCCACAAACAAAGAAACAAUAACCAGUGAUGACGAGCAGGAAGACGGGGAUGACGAGGAAGACAAAGAUGGAUCAGAGAAGAGAGAAGACCAAAGGAUGGAAGUUGAAAACAAGCUGGAAAGCAAAGAAGCAGAAGAACGCCCGAGUGUCAUGAGAGAAGCUCAAAGCCAAAAACCUCAGACUUUAGAGACUCUGACACCCUGCUGUUUGGAGUUUCCAUCAAGUGAAAAUGAGGAUGAGUCAAACUCUGCAGCUGAAAUGAAGACCGAGGACAAUGAUGACAUUUCUCCUGUUGACUCAUUAUCUGAAGUACCUCUUUGCACCCCACAACCAGAAACUGUUUCUCCAGAGGAGUUCAUAGAGACUUUAGAGAGCCCAAAAGACCCCAGUGAGGGUGAUGCCCCCAAAAGUGAUGAUGAAUGUCAACAAUCUGUUCCGGAAAUGACAGAAACCACCAAAAAACCCUGUCAAGACUUGAUUUUUAAUGAGCAGGAGAGUGGCGUGUGUCGGGAAAAUCACGACCUUUGGAUUGACCUUGAGGAUGUUGUAUGUGAGGUGAUAGAGGAGAGGGAAAACGAACAGUCUGAGGCGGAAGGUACAGAAGUCAAGAAAGAGGAGGAAGAGGAGGACAAGCAGACAGGAAGUGGUUCAGAAGAGAAAACUGUGAAAGCCGAUGAAGCUGAGACAAACAAGUCUGAGGUUAGAGAAGAAUCUGUGGGAGAAGCUGUGAAGACGCCAGAAGAAAAGUUCACAAACUCAUCAGCAGGUAAAGCAGAAACAGCAAACCAAGAGACGUGCGAUGUGACUGAAGAAGAUGGGGAUCAUAAGAUAGAGGGGGUUGUUCAAGGAACAGACAGAGAGAAGAAGGAGCUGGAUGGUGAGCUCAGCAGAGCACAGCAAAGUGCAGAUAAGUCACCUCCAAUGCCUAAAGUCAGGCCUAAAGAAAGCAAUGACUCUGGAACGGGUGAAAUCGGCAUCAGGGGGGUUGGGAGGAAACUGGUGGUCUCCAAACAACCCAAAGUUUAUCAAGUCAAAGCUGUGCCUGUGGUGCCUCCUAAACCUCAACACUGCAAAAUCACUGCCUUGACCCUGCGGCAGCAGCAGCAGAAAGAGAGGCUGGAGGCUGACAAGGGGAGGGACGGCCCGCCGAGGGUCCAGCCAGAGCCAGACAGGGAGGCAAGAGAUGGAGCUGAGGAGAGCCUGGACAGACAGGAGAGGCAGAUAAUCCUCAGGGAGAGAAGGAGGGAUGGGCCCGAGAGAGACAGCAGUAGCAGAAACAGCCCCCUCAGCCUGUGCUUUGAUGAGGCCGUCGCCAUAGCGACCAUGAGACGAGAAAAAGAACGAGCCCGCGAAGGAGAGGUCGAUGUCGACAGACUGGGAAAAUAAAAAAGACAAUAUAGAGAUCUUAUUUGUAAGUACAGUUGAUUUUAGCCCUAAAAACGAGGAGUUUUUUUUCAUAAAAGUCAGAUUUGAUGUAGAAUGAUGAUUCCACCUUAAAGCAUCAAGAAAGGUGCUGAACAAAACUAAAGAUUAGAAUCUGCUGUGGACAAAAGGGAUCUGCAAAGAUGAGAUGUAAAGUUUUAUUUUUUCUAAGAUUUUGUUCUUCAAACUUGACAACAAGUUUAAUUAAACAUUAAGUGAAAACCUAAAAUAAGUGUAUGUCCUGCACUAUGAAGUUAAAUGGAUGAAAUGUAUAAAACUUAAUUUUUUUUUCUUUCUAUAAAAGUUUUCUCUUUAAAAACCAAAAAAAUCUUUUGAAAAGUCACUUAACUUGUUAGCACUAGAUCAUAGAAUUCUUUUAUAAUUACUGGUUGUCAAAGUGUUUGUACAGAAACACCUUAAAAAUACGAGCAGGUGGUUUGAAGCUUUUUUGUGAAGUGAUCCAGGUUAGUCUCUCAAAAAAUGUCAAUAAAAUAUUUUUCAAAGA